UUAGCUCAAUUGGUUAGAAGAGAAUAAAUGAAUAAAGGCCCAACCACGACACCGCCGCCAUCACCUUUCUGAAUUAAUCGACACCGCCCUAACUCCGCUGCCUCACCUCACCCCCUUGCGCCGGCUGCCGCCGAUCAACCACGACACCGCUGCCAUCACUUUCUCUCAAAACCUAAAUCCCCCGCCCCAGCCCUUCUAGCCACUGUCGCCGGUAAACCUCAACGCCGCCGCCGAUCGUUGCUAGAGGAUAGUCGACCAAAGUUGUAAGCAUCAUGGAUCCUGAUCCGUUGGCUGGUUCCACCGGCAAUGCGCCAAGGAAGGUGAAAUUUAAACCAAAAGCUCCUCCCAAGAGAGUUAAAAAAGAAGUCCUCCCUAAAGCUGAGAAAGAAGAAGAUGACAUUGAUGAGGCGAAGGCAGAGCAUCUUCUACGCCGCUUUCAUGAAACAUCUUCAGGGAGGCCUAAGACUGAAAAGAAAGUUACGCUUGCUCAAGUUGCAUUUGGUAUUGGAGGAUCAUCUGGAAACAUUAAGUCAUAUCGUCCUGCCAAUGACGCAUCUUCCGGGUUUGCCAAAGUGGCGAAAGAAUACAAGGAACCAUGGGAUUACUAUACGUAUUAUCCAGUAACGCUUCCUGUGAGAAGGCCUUAUGCAGGAAAUCCAGAACUUCUCGAUAUGGAAGAAUUCGGCGAAGAUCAAGAGAGACCGGAAUCUGAAGAACUUGCAACAAAUGCAGCUCAAGAACUUGGUCUCUUGGAUGAAGGUCAGGAGAAUAACAUGUUCUUCCUUCAGUUGCCAAGGAUGUUGCCCACGAUUGCACAUUCAUCUGAUUCAAAAGUCCCGGAACCCAAGAGCACAAACCCCUUAAAGGGUCGAGACAAAUCUCAAAACCCCUGUAAAUUGGAUUCACUACAAGAAGGUUUGAUUGGGAAAAUGUUGGUAUAUAAGAGUGGUGCUGUAAAGUUGAAGAUCGGAGAUGCAAUAUACGACCUGUUUGCAGGUAUCUGCAGGACUGAAGUGUAUGUUUGCUCAAGAUGUUGUUGCCAUCAAUGCGGAGAGGAAACAUUGUUGCAACUUUGGGGAACUGACCAAGCGGGCAGUCGCAUCCCCCGACAUAGACAGCAUGCUAGAAAUUAUGGCUGAGUUAUGAUCAUUCUUUUGUUCUUCAACUUAAGAAAAUUUUGCUUGCAGGAAUAUAUAUAAGGAAUCUCAGGCAUAAAAUGAGCAGAGGUUAGUUGAAUUCUGUGUCAUCUGUUAAAUUUAUUUCUAAGAAAAAACAAAUGCACUUGUAUAUUUUUGUUGUCA